CAACAGACGGAAAAUGGUGCCAAGAGUAAAAACUACUGCAAUAUUAUUAAACUAAAUCAAAAAUAACAUUUUAAAAUGACGUAGCUAAGAGAAUUGCAAAAUGCCAAUCUUAGCGUUUCUAACAAAGAUUUGGCUAUGUCGUGCAUUGUUAAAAUAUAACUUUACAAUAUGCUGUAUCUUAUAUUUUAGUAGAAACAUUCGACUGGAGCUCCCAUCACACGCGAAAAGCAGCAGACAGCGAAUAAAGGCAUACUGGAACAUUCCAACUUUCCAAUGUGAUAGUCAUAAGUUGAAUUUUACUGUACUAGCCCAAAAAUAUGGAAUAAUUCAAAAUGAAGACGACAGGUUUAGGGGAAAAUUUAUUAACAUUUUGUAUGAUCCUGGUAGUUUUCCUGCAGUUUUAAAGAACGGUAGUAAGACUGUCUUGAGAAAUGGUGGAGUGCCUCAAAAAGGAAAUUUGACGUUACAUUUAAGCAUUUUUGAGAAUAUUCUGAAUGAGCUGAUCCCGAACAAAGGAUUUUCAGGUAUAGGUAUAAUAGACUUCGAAAGUUGGAGGCCUAUCUUCAGACAGAACUUUGGAACUUUGCAAGAAUACAAAACUCUCUCGAUUUCCCUAGAGAAAUCAAAACAUCCUUCAUGGAAUCAGAGCCAGUUAACUACACAAGCCACCAAAAAAUUCGAAAAUGCUGCAAAAGUAUUUAUGGCUAGGACGUUAAUACUAGCCCAGAAAGUUAGACCUAAAGCUACUUGGGGCUAUUAUGCGUACCCUUAUUGUUUCAAUAUGUCUCCAAGUUACAAGAAGAGACUAUGUCCUUCAGAAGUAAGGGUAGAAAACGAUAGACUUAAAUGGUUGUUUCAACUAUCAGAUAAUUAUUAUCCAUCAAUUUAUAUAGGAAAUUCAUCACUUACUACAACUCAAAAAGUACAAAUGAUAGAAGGAAGAAUAGAGGAGUCCCUUAGAAUAAUGAAAAGCCUAAAUAUUAGGAAAAAUAUAAUCAUCUACGUUUGGUAUAAAUAUCAAGAUACAAAUAAAUUCCUAACCAAGUCAGAUGUCUUCAACAUAUUUACUGUACUAGCUAGCGCCAAUAUUGACGGAGUAGUACUAUGGGGUAGCAGUAAUGAUGUCAAUACUCGAAACAAGUGUAUAGAAUUAUACAAUUAUAUGGAUAAUAUACUAGGGCCAUCAUUAGCUUAUAGUUUUUCUUAAAUCUUUAUACAGGUUACGAUACGAAACGUCUAUGUUUUACUAAUGUGUCAUUAUUUUUUCACCAUAUUAAUUUGCUAAAAGUUUAAUAGUAGUAUUAAUAUCGUACCAUCGGCAAAUAUCAUAUGAUUAAGGUUUUCGCCGUCUAUUCUUUAUUUGCCCAUUCCAAAGUUCGAAACAUAUCGUCUAUAACUAGAGUGAACAGUUUGGGUGAGAUAGAAGCUCCUUGUCUAACCCGUCUCUGCAGUUGUAUCUUUUCUGUUUCCCCUCUGUUUUUAUUUGUGAUGUAGCAUUGCCAUAUAUAUUUAAUGAUUUUUGUAUAUCUAUCAAUCUUUUGUAUAUCUGCCAUAUACAGGGUGAUUGAUUAGUAGGGUAAAGCUCAAUAGCUCCGCUAUAGUAAUAGAUAGCAAUAAAAGUUAAUAACAAAAAUUUUAGCCACCUUUGAGCUUCACAUUACAAAAUUAGUUAGAAUGUUACAGGGUGUUCGAUAACACAGUGGCAAACCAAACUUAUGUUUUUUUAAAUGGAACACCCUAUAUUUUAUUUUAAAUUCGAAAUCCUGUUAACUUCUCCAUCACAAGAAUAUAAAGGUUUGUUAUGUUAUACAGGAUAUUUACAAAGUUAUAACCAAUUUUAUAUGCAAAUCGUAACAAGUUCAACUCCCUGUAUAAAUAAAAAUAAGCAAAACAACAAUGGUUUAUUAAUGCCAUAUUUUUUAACGUAUUGUCAAAAUUUUCAAAAAUGGUCGAAAUUGCUAAUUUUAUUUAUAUCAAAUACAGGGUGAGUCAAAACGCAAGUACAUUAUUUUCUCAGUAAUUUUAAACGGAACACCCUGUAUUUUAUAUCACUAUUGAAAAGUACCAUUACCGUACUUUAAUUUUUAGAUAACAUUCCCUAUGUAUAAAUUUAUUAGUUUUCGAGAUAUUUUCAUUUUUCAAUGGACCAGUAGCGUGGCCACCCAAAUCACCAGAAUUUAAUAAACUGGACUGAUUUUUUUGGGGUUACGUUAAUAAUGAAGUUUAUAAAAUACCUCCAACAACAAGGGAUGAGAUGAAAAAUAGAAUACAAAGUGUAUUUCGAUGUGCUAAUUUACAAAUGCUCCGUAGAGUAAGUAGCUCAUUCAAUGAUCGUUUUUAGGCGUACAUAAAUGUGUUAGGAGAUAAUUUUGAACACCUUAUGUAAUUAAAUAUUAAAAAUAUUUUAUUAAAAGUAGCUUCUAAUUUUUUCAAACAUGUUUUUUUGCAAAAUGUUUCACUGAUAAAUUAUGUUUCGUUCUUUAUUUGUUACAUUGUUACAUUUACAUACAAAAGUAGUGUUUAAUUUAUUGUCUUCACAAAAUAUUGUAUUUUGUGUUUGUGUGUUUUUUUUUGUAAAAUUUAUUACUAAUUUUCUUUGUUUAUUUGUUGCAUUUACAUAAAAAGAUAGUUUUUAAUUGUUUCAAAAAUGUUGCAUGUAGUGGUUGUGUUUUUGUUUGUAAAAUGUAUUACUAAUAAAUUAUUUUUAUUUCUUUAUUUGCUACAGUGUUACAUUGAUUACCGGAUUGAUAAUCGGUAAUCUUCAAUUGUCAAUUCAGUCAUGGCUUAAUUAAAAUUUAGAUAAAUUUAAACACCUAAAAUAAUUUGCUCUGAAAAAUGAAAUAUCUCAAAAACUAAUAAAUUUGGGCAUAGGGAAUGUUAUAUAAAAAUUAAAGUACGGUAAUGUUAUUUUUCAAUAAUGAUAUAAAAUAUAGGGUGUUCCAUUUAACAUUACUGAGAAAAUAAUGUACUUGCGUUUUGACUCACCCUGUAUUUGAUAUAAAGAAAAUUAGCAAUAUUAAUAAUUCUUAAAAAUUUUGACAAUAAAUAAAAAAAUAUGGCAUUAAUAAACCAUUGCGUUGUGCUUAUUUUUAUUUAUACAGGGAACUUGUUACGAUUUUCAUACAAAAUUGCUUAUAACUUUGUAAAUACCCUGUAUAACAUUACAAACCUUUAUAUUUUUGUGAUGGAGAAGUUAACAGGAUUUCGAAUAUAAAAUAAAAUAUAGGGUGUUCCAUUUAAAAAAACAUAAGUUAGGUCUGCCACUGUGUUAUCGAACACCCUGUAACAUUCUAACUAAUUUUGUAAUGUGAAGCUCAAAAGUGGCUACAAUUUUUGUUAUUAACUUUUAUUGCUAUCUAUUACUAUAGCGGAGCUAUUGAGCUUUACCCUACGAAUCAAUCACCCUGUAUAUAGGGUGUCCCAAAAGUAGCGGAACGGUUGAAUAUUUGGCGCAAUGAACAUCGUAUCGAAAAACUGAAAAAUACGUGUUUAAUAUUUUUCAAAAAUCUAUCGAAUGGCACUGAACACGAGCCCCCACUCCACCCUCUGAAGGUGGGAUAGGAGGUAACUUUAAAAUCUUAAAUGGAAAUCCCCAUUUUUUUAUUGCAGUUUUGGAUUCCUUAUGUAAAAGUAAGUAACUUUAAUUCGAGACAUUUUUUCGAAUUGCGGGCAGGUGGCGCUAUAAUCGGUGAAAACGAUUUAUCGUGAUACCGUAGGUAAAUUAUAGAAACCGUUCAAUAUCUCGAGAAAUACACUUUCAAAUGAAUAACCAAAGAACACGUGUUUCAUAUUUUUCAAAAACCUAUCGAAAGACACCAAACACGACCCCCCACUCCACACCCUGGAGGUUGGGGUAACUUUAAAAUCUUAAAUAGGAACUCCCAUUUUUUAUUGCAAUUUUGGAUUCCUCAUGAAAGAAUAAGUAACAUUUAUUCUAAACAUUUUUUAGAAUUGUUGAUAGAUGGCGCUAAUAAAUCGCAUUUUUUCAAUUAUAGCGCCAUCUAUCAACAAUUCUAAAAAAUGUUUUGAAUAAAUGGUACUUAUUUUUUUAUGAGAAAUCCAAAUCUGUAAUAAAAAAUGGGGGUUCCUAUUUAAGAUUUUAAAGUUACUCCCACCUCCAGGGUGUGGAGUGGGGGGGUCAUGUUUGAGGUCGUUCGAUAGGUUUUUGAAAAUAUUAAAAACUUUUUUUUGGUUUUCCAUUUGGAAGUGUAUUUCUCGAGAUAUUAGUAUUAGACCAUUUCUGUAAUUUACCUAUGGUAUGACGAUAAAUCGUUUUUACCGAUUAUAGCGCCAUCUAUAUAAUUCGAAAAAAUAUCUCAAAUAAAAGUUGCUAACGUUUACGUAGGGAAUCUAAAUCUGCAAUAAAAAUUUAAAAUUUUAAAGUUACCGCCCACUCCACCUCCAGGGGGUGGAGUGGGGGGUCGUGUUUAGUGUCAUUCGAUAGAUUUUUGAAAAAUAUUAAACACGUAUUUUUCAGUUUUUUGAUUCGAUGUUCAUUUCACGAAAUAUUCGAGCGUUCCGCUACUUUUGGGACACCUUGUAUAUAUCAACUCUAUUGUUGCUUAAGGCAUUAAGAAUUGCCCAAACAUAUAUGGAGUCAAAUGCCUUCUCGUAAUCUACCAUAGCUAUCCACAGUGUUAUUGUAUUCGUUUGAUUUUUCAGUCAGUGUUCCUUAUAGGUACUUAUUCUUAUUUCUACUUGGUACUGUAUUUCCUUAUCUUCUUCUUCCAGCUUUGCAACAUUCCAUCUUUCGAUCUUUGUUUAUAUAUUGUUUGUAAUGAAAUUCUUGUUCUGAGCUUGGAAUUCACGAGAAAAUGAUCCGUGUCGCUAUCUGGAUGUCGUCUCAUAGUUCUUAAUACAUGAUAUAUGUAGUCUCUCAAUACAUAUGAUACUUUUGAUUAUUUGUUCUUCCAUCGUUUGAUCUCCAUUUUGCUUAUGGAUCUUUUUUCUAGCGAACUGGGUGGUUUUGAUAACAAGUGGUAGCCUGUCGCAAAAUCGAUCAAUCGCAAAAUCGCAUUGUCAUUUGUAACGUUAUUUAGACUAUAUCUUCCUGCCACAUGUCUUACGUACUUUUCUAUGCAUACUUUUACGUUUAUAUACCCUUAGUAUUUUGAUAUCGUGAUGUGGAGAUGUGGUCAUAUCGUAGAAGGGCAUUCGUAGAAUAUCAUUGGUUCAACACAUUUCAAACAGAGAAGUCGAAUAGGUCAAAGCCAAGGUGACUUGAAGAUGAUAAAAAAGAGAAAACUUGAAUAUCUGGGGCAUAUGAGAUAGCAGAUACUGGAUACUGCAAUUAAUACUCAAAGGAAUUGGUAGGAAUAGGCCAGGAAUCGAAGCUUUUCACCUCGCAAUUUUUACAGAAUGGAUCGAUUUGCUUGAAAAUUUGAGAAUAAGUAGUGGAUAGUCCAAAGAUCCAAAUCUAUAUGAUUCCGAAAGGCGCUUUUACCAUGGGGGUGGUUGCCACCCCAUCUUAGGGUUGGAAUUUUUUUUAUAUUUUGACGCAAAAUUUGAUAAAAACAUUAAUUCUAAGCAAAAAAUGUCGUAUACAUGUUUUUGAUAAAAUUAACAGUUUUCGAUUUAUUCGCUAUCGAAAGUCUUAGUUUUGUAUAGAAAAAAUUAAUGUUUUUCGAUAUACUUACUUAUUUACGAUUCACUCAAUUUUUGCCAUAGAAAAAUUGUUUUCAAACCAAGUUCUUGGGAAUUAAAUAACCUACAAUUUUAUAUUUAAACAUUUUUUCGUAUCUCUGAUGCUAAUCUUUCUAUUCUGAAGAAAAUGGCCUUUUCUACCAAACUACAAAAAUUCGUUAUUCGCUUUUAACUUCAGUUUUUUUAAAACUAAUCAUUCUAACCCAGCCAAACUUCUAGAAUCUAUUAAUAAUACAUAAAUAAAUAAGACUGAAUAAGGCAAAUGACUAAAAACACCGCUAACUUACAUGAUUAUGAUUCCAAUUGGAUUUCUCCCUUUUUUUUAAAAAAAAUAUAUUGAUUUUUUAACCGUAACUUUUUUAUUUUUUAUCUUAGAAAGUUUGGUAAAAAUAAUUUUGUAGGUGUUUACAAGAUCUAUAAGUCUAUUAGUAUUAAAUCUUUUUAAAAUCCCCAGUCGCAAAGGUGACUUUGAAAGGGUUGGUAAAGGUGGUUUUUGCAUGUUACUACAAGUUUUAAUUGUUAAUAGCUCACUAAAUUUUUGCCGUAGAAAAAAUUGUUGUAAACCAGGUUAUUGGAAAUUAAAUAAGCUACAAUUUCAUAUUUAAAUAUUUUUUCGUAUCUCUGAUGCUAAUCUUGCUAUUCUGAAGAAAGGGCCAUUUUUUUCCAAACUACAAAAAUUCGUUAUUUAUUUUAACUCCAUUUUUUUAAAAAACUAAUCAUUUUAAGCCGGUCAAAUUUCUAGAACCUAUUAAUAAUACAUAAAUAAAAAAGACCAAAUAAGGUCAAUGACUAAGUUUAAUUAGGGUGGUGAUGGCGGGUUGCUUGCGAUCACUUUUUCGCUGAAAAAAAUAGGGACUGACAUUCUUUUGAUUAUAAGUCAGUUAAUUUUUGAGCUAGAGACUUUUUUAUUUCUGGAGAUAGAUAUUUUUAAGUACUUUAAAUUAGUUUGAACAAGUUGUCCUCGAAAAAUGCAUAGUUUUCCCGUCUUUUGACUAACUACAAUAUUUAGCAUUUGAUGAAGAAGAGCCAACAUAUAAUACAGUAUAGCUCGAUUACUAUUGGUCUUACAAGAUUUUUUUUUAUUAACCCCACGUUUAUUACAAUCUAUCUAUACAAUCUAAACCUAAAUGUUUAGGUAGAUAACCGACAAUAAGUAAUAGGACUGACAAUAAUUAGGAAUGACAUGUAGGGAGGCAUCCAGUGAUGCACCCCUUUUUUAAAACUUAGCCUACAACACUGACUAUUUCUGACAUAAACUUAUACACAUUAAUUUAGUACCAAUUGUUCACUUAACUCUAACGGAACUUUUCGUUUUAACCUACGAACAGUACGCGGUUUAUUCACUAAAUUUUUUGCUAACACGUUUGGAUGCACUUGUUUCUCUGUAUGUUUUUUCGCGCACUUUUUGAUGUCAUCUUUGACGUAUGGUAGUCCGGCGUCCCGAUGGAUGGCUUCAUUGGUUAUGAACCAUGGAACUCCUAGUAUUGAUCUCAAUAUUUUGGACUGAAAUCUUUGUAUGAUUUCAAUGUUGGAAUGUGUGGCGGUUCCCCAUAAUUCUAUCCCAUAAGUCCGCACUGGUUUUAGGAUGGAUUUGUAGAUUAAUAUUUUAUUUUCAGUUGACAGUUUUGAUUUUUUGCCCAACAGCCAAUAUAUGGUUCUUAACUUAUGACCCAGUUGUUUUCGCUUAGUACAUAUAUGCUUCCUCCAGUUUAAUCUUCUGUCCAAGUACAUACCUAGAUAUUUGACUUCAUCCCCUUGUGGGAUUCCUUUACCGUUUAAGUAUACAGCCGGACAUGUUUCCCUACGCGUGGUAAAUGUUAGGUGUAGCGAUUUGUUUUCAUUAAUUUUGACUCUCCAUUUUGUCAUCCAUUGUUGAAUUUUAUUUAAAUUAUUUUGUAAGAUUUCGGAGGCUAUUUUGGGAUUUUUGUUCGACGAUAGUAUUGCCGUAUCAUCCGCAAAUGUGGCUGUAGUGAUAUGUGUAUCUGUCGGUAAGUCAGCAAUGAAUAUAAGGUAUAAUAUAGGUCCUAGUACACUUCCUUGGGGCACCCCAGCGAGAAUUUGUUGUAUGUUUGUGUAUUCAUUCUCAUACUUUACCUGGAAGUUUCUGUUGGUGAUAUAUGACUUUAAGAGUAUAUAGUAAUUUGUAGGUAAAUUCUGUUUUAGUUUACAUAAUAGGCCUUUAUGCCAGACUUUAUCAAAUGCCUGACUUACGUCCAGAAAUACCGCCGAGCAGUACCUAUUAUUUUCAAAGUCCUCGUUGAUUCUCUCUACAAUUCUAUGUACCUUUUGUAUUGUUGAAUGUUGUUUUAUAAACCCAAAUUGGUGUGGUGGUAUUAGUUUUUUUGUUUUCUAGUAUAGGCAUUAGCUUAGUAAGUGUCAGCUUUUCAAAAACUUUGGAUACCACUGGAAGAAGACUAAUAGGACGGUAGGACUGUACAUUUUCUGGUUCUUUUCCUGGCUUUAGUAUCAUUGUUAUUUGUGCUAGUUUCUACUGUGAUGGGAAAUGACCUAGUCUCAUUAUAGAGUUAAAUAACUGUGUCAGAAAUUGGAAGCCUUUCUCUGGGACUUGCUGAAGAGUUUUUCCUGUAAUCAGGUCGUAUCCUGGAGCCUUUUUUGGAUCGAUGUUGUGUUGUAUAAUAUUUUUUACCUCAUUUUUUGUGAAUCUUUUUUCAGGAAGUUCUAGUUGAUAAGGUUUUGUGAGUAUCGAAAUCAUUUCUUCUUCAGUUUGUAGUGAGUAAUUUCCCUCAUUUGGUGUAGACUUUUUUUAAGGUAGCAGAUGUUUCGGCCUUUUCUAGAGGACUUCUCGCCCAUUGUCCUGUUUGUGUUCUUAGUGGUGGGACUGUAUAGUUCUGCCUUCGUAGAGUCCUUGUAGCCUUCCAUAACGAGUAGUCAGUAGCUUGAGUUGCAUCUAGUUUUUGUAGGUAUUCCUGAAAGCUUGCAUUUUUUCUGCUAUUAUCAAUUUUUUUAGGUCUUUUUGUGCUUUAUUGAGGUUUGUUUUACUUUGAGGUGAUCUUGAUAAUUGCCAUUGUUUUCUGAGUCUUCUUUUCUCAAUUAUUUUUUCAUGUAUUGUAUUGGAACAGUGUUUGUUCAUAUGUCGAUUUGUAGGUAAUGGUGUUGAGUUCCAUGCUGCUUCCUGUAAAACUGUGUUAAAAUGUUCCACUGCUUGUUCGAUUUGUUUAUCGGUCUUUAGUGGGAUGUCUAAAUUGAUUUGAUUAUUUACUUGAUAUCUAAAAUAACUCCAAUUUGUUUUGUUGUUGUGUAAUAUACAGCUCCUUUCUAUUUUUGUUAUGUUUUUGCUUACAGUUAUGAUAACAGGUGAAUGGUCAGAGGAUAAAUCGUAACAAGACUUUGGUUUAAAGUAUUUUUCAUUUAUUCCUCUCACUAUAGCAAAAUCGAGGAGAUCUGGAAUUUUCGCAGGGUCUGUAGGCCAGUAUGUUGGCUCCCUUCUGGUUACUAUGUUCAGAUUAUCUAUUAGUAUUUCUUUUUGUAGUUCACGGCCUUUGGUAUUAAUAAGUCUAGAUCCCCACAUUAGAUGUUUUGAAUUGUAGUCUCCACCACAAAUAAACCUAGGUCCAAGUGUAUCAAAAAAGGUUUUAAAUUCUGGUUGUUUAAUGGAAUGUUUUGGUGGACAAUAUAUAGCUGAAAAAGUUAUAGGUCCUGUCCAGUCUUCUACAACUAUAUUUGUGGCCUGAAUAUGUGCUUUUUGAUAGUGAGUUGUCUGGUAAUGUUUGAUGUUGUUUCUUAUAAUGAUUGCUGUCCCACCAUGUGCAGUUCCAUCUGGAUGUGUUGUGUGAUAUAUUUUAUAGUUGUGAAAUUUUAUGAAACUUUUUUUCGUGAAGUGUGUUUCUGAAAUCAGUAUUAUGUCUAAUUGGUGAUUAACUAUAAAUGCAUACAACUCAUGUUUGUGUUGUGUCAAGCCAUUAGCAUUCCAUAAGAAAAUUUAAAAAAAAACGGUUUUGUUUAUUUUUUCAAAAGGUACAUUUUUGCCAAGUAAAGUUGUUUUGAUAAAACGAAAACAUUUGGAGUUAUUAGCAGAAAACUUAUUAAAAACAUUGAUUUUUCGAUAUAAAACUAAUAUUUUCGAUAGCGCAUAAAUCGAAAACUAUCAAUUUUAUCAAAAAAAAUAUGGAACGUUUUUUGCUUAGAAUAAACGUUUUUACCAACUUUUGUGAUUAGAAUAUAAAAAAAAAAUUGCACCCUCGAGAUGGGUGGCAACCACCCCCAAGGCAAAAGCGCCUUUUGGCAUGACAUAGAUUUUGAUCCUUGGACUAUCCACUACUUAUUCUCAAAUUUUCAAGGAAAUCGAUCCAUUCUGUAAAAAUUGAGAGGUUUUUCCUAUUUUAAACUUCAUUACUUGGACUAGAAGAAAUAUCCGUUGCUCCAAAACCUUCGUCAAUGGAAUGGAUUAUCAGCAGAAAAAUUUUACAUGCCGCAAGAUCGAGAAAAAUAUCGGCAAAUUGUCAUGGAAGCUACCCACAUAGAAGAAGGCUAAGAGCUUGUGUGUAUAGUUGAUUUAGAGAUUCGUAGAAUUCACUUUUAUCAUCUUCCGAUGCUUCUUCCAUUGGAACAGACACUGAGAAUAUGGUUAAAUUGGACCAUUCACCCUCUAAUCUUAAAAUACAGAUUAUUUAAUUAACUGGUUUAAAGUCUAAUAACUCUGAUUGUAGUCUUUCAUUUAUUACAUUGCCACAUCCUUUUUCAUGUCUAGUUUCAUGUCCAUACCACAACAUACUGAGUAGUCAAAUUUGGUAAAAAUACUUAGUUUCAAUUUUUAACAGUAAUUAAAACUACAAGUUUUUUUAUUUAUUCUGACGACAAUAAUACUCGACUUCAGGCGUCCUUGUUUGAUUUUACUUUUUCAUGCUUCGUUUUUAAUUUGGAAAUUUGUUGUGCAAAUUGAUUGUAGACAUUACUUAAUAUUUAUUUUAUACAAAACACUGCUUUGUAACUAGAAAAAUGUUUAUAUUUACCUUUUUUUACAAACCUGUUAUGUACAAAUUGAUAAUAAAUAUUUUACAAAUAUAA